AUGGCCUCCUGCCGCUUUCCCCCUUGGCCAAUCUUGUGCCGGGUUCUUAGUCGCGCACUCGGCUGGUUGACGUCGCUCAUCGCCAUCGUCGUACUCUCCUUUCUUGCGAGCCAAUGGUCCGACCUAUCCGGAGCCGCCGUGUCGGGCAUCCUGGGGGCUACCGUCUCUCUCAUCACGGACAGUUGGCAGAUUGUCGCUCUCACCAGCGGCGGCUCCGACUUUCCCAUCCUCUCCCCCACCCGGGCCACCUUUCACGAUCUCGUCUCCCUCUGUGUCUGCGUCGGCGGCGGCGUCCUCAUCAGACUCGCCAAGUUGCAGGAAACGGACGAAAUCGACGCCGGUGAGCCCCUGGCCGACUCUUCUCCGGUCCGACCCUAUUACAGCAGGCAAGCCAUGUUGAUGGCGUGCAUGUGGACGCUGGCCUCCGUCAUGUAA